GUUGGUGUAGCUGUUGGUGUUAAUCCACGAUUUGUUUUACGUUUAUCUAUUAAAUCUUCAAUACGUGAUAAUGGACGACGAUGUACUACUGUUGAAUUAUCUGGAAUAUCGUGA